CCCAACAAUCCAACCAUGAAGUUCCUGAUCGUUUUCGUCGCCCUCUUCGCCCUGGCCGUAGCUGCCCCUACCAAUGAAGCUCAGAUCCUGAGGUCGGAGUCUGAUGUCGGACCUGAGAGCUUCAAAUACGACUGGGAGACCAGCGAUGGUCAGGCUGCUCAGGCUGCAGGACAGCUGAAGAACAUUGGAUCCGAGAAUGAGGCCAUUUCCGUCCAAGGAUCCUACCGCUUUGUGGCUGAUGACGGCCAGACCUACGAGGUGACUUACAUCGCCGAUGAGAACGGAUUCCAGCCCCAGGGCGCCCAUCUGCCCGUUGCCCCCCAGGCUUAAGUUAUCCAUGGCGAAAUGAUAUUUCAGUCCCAGGCGAAUAUAGCCACUUCCCCUUACCCAUUCCCCAAAAACCUAAGUCAAAAAAUAUUAUUUGUUAAAAAAUAAAGCAAAAUUAGAAUAUUA